AUGGCUACCACAACAAUUCAACAGACUGCUUCCCAAGCGACCAACACCCCAGACUUCUCAAAAUAUAGCUUUGAAAAGCUCGAGCCUUAUGUGCACCCACCCGAGACCAAGGAAGACCUGCCAUGGUCGGAGCUUGUAACACUUGACCUUGAGGACUACGGUCGCCCCGGCCGGCAAAGAGCGACUUGCAAAGCAUUUUACGUCAAAAACUUUGGCCUUACCCAAGAGCAGGUUGACCAACAGUUCACACUGGCGAAACAUUUCUUUCAGCUUCCAGUAUCCGAGAAGGAGAAGUACGAGUGUAAUUACGCCGCAGCCGACUACAAUGGCUGGCGCCGACCGGGUCGCUCCCUCGUUGCGAAAGCCCAGGACAACAUCGAGAUCUACAACAUUCCCAAAUUCACUGACGACUUCAAGGGCAAGUACGAUCAGCCAGACUUGCUCAAAGCGCACCUACCGGAGAUUGAGGUUUUCCAAAAGGCACUCCACUCCAACGUAGUUCUUCCCCUGUUGCGACUGUUCGCUAUCGUACUACAGCUACCUGAUGAGGAGUACCUUGUCAAGCAGCACACAUUCGAGAAGAAGUCCGAAGAUCACUUCCGCUACAUGAUAUACCACCCGCGCACUGAGCAAGAAUGGAAAGAGGCAAAUUAUGGCUCAACAGGCGGACACACUGAUCUCGGCACCGUAACGCUCUUAUUCCGCCAACCAGUAGCCGGUCUCCAGAUCCUCGGCGAAGAUGGUAACUGGACAUGGGUCAGCGCGCAGCCUGGCACCAUCACCGUCAAUCUCGCAGACACAAUCUCGCAUCUUACAGGUGGCUGGUUGAAGUCUUCCGUUCACCGUGUUAGCGCGCCUCCUCAGGACCAGCGGGAGUAUGAGCGCACAGGCCUGUUAUACUUCGCGCGCCCACACAAUGACACCAAGCUACUGCCAAUCACUGACUCGCCAGUGUUGGAGAAGGCAGGCGUGAAGCCGAGGUUUGACAAAAUUGUCACGAUGGAAGAGUGGGUAAGGGCGAAGCAGACGCUGCAGCUCAAUCCAGAUAUUGCGGCGAAGAGGUGGGCCGAGAGGGGCGAUGGAAAGGUCGAGGUACUGGCUGGGUUCCAUGAUCAGAAGUACAAGGAGUAG